AGCGGCUCCCUGGGGCUCACUUUGGGAAGCGCGGCGCCGGCAGAGCCAUGGUGAAGAUCGGGCUCACGCAGGCGGCGGAGGGGCUGAAGCCCACCAAGGAGGCGGAGAAGGCGGCGGAGGAGGAGCGGGCGCCCCCGUUACUGCCCAGCCAUGCCAUCAAGGCCGAAAUGUGCCUGCCCCCGGACGGAGAGCAGCAGGACUUCCCAAUGCAGAACCGGAAAUCUCUCAGCAACAUCUUCUACUUGACUAUGAUCCUGAUGCUGUUGCUUCUUGGCCUGAUUUUGACAUCAAUGUAUAUUUACAGAUAUUUCUCUGUUACUGGCUCCAUUUCUGGCUUGGCUCUGAUUGAUGAAGAUGAUGUACCUUGGGAAUGUCAGACGGUCUACGCUGACUACUUUUCCACCUCAAGGAGGGGGGAACAGUUGAAGCUGCGUGAAGAUGUGAGGAUUAAUCUUGAGGAGCUUUAUGAGUGGAUCAACGUUCCACUGCCCCACUUGGAGGAUAGUGAUCCCGCAGAUAUCAUCCAUGAUUUUCAGCGGGGAUUGACUGCAUAUCAUGAUCUUCUUCUGGAUCAAUGCUAUGUCAUUGAGUUGAAUACCACCAAUGUCUUGCCACCUCAAGAAUUUCAGGAGCUGUUGACCAAUAUGAAGAAUGGGGGAAACAUGCCAAAAACCUACAUCAUUGAGGAAGAGAUGAUAGUGAUGGAACCGGUCAAUGACACACACCAGCUUGGCUCUUCUAUAUAUCUUCUGUGCCACAGUAAAGAAACUUAUUGGCUGAAACGCAGGACCGGAAGGAGACAUAUCCAUCGACGAGGUGCCCAGAAGUGUCGUCACAUCCACCAUUUUGCAAAUACUUUUGUGGUUGACACAGCAAUUUGCCAGAGAUUGUGAGGGGUAUAACUGCCCAUCUCUUAACUUGGCUUCUAAAUAACCACAUAACCCUUCUUAUUCUCUUCUUGAGAUAUGGAGGCUUAUUUUUCUUCUUCUUCUUCCAUAGUUUGUGCAUUGCUAACUUCUCAGGUCACUCAUGAUCAUUGGAUUUUCUGUGUCUUUAAACAGCACUUGCUGUUUAUAUUCGUACUUAACUGGGCUUAAAUUUACUCAUUAACCACAAGACAUAAAUAAUAGUAUUUCUUUGUUAAAACUAGUGCAGUAAUACCUUCUGGAGGAUGAUCAACUUUGAGAUCUAUAAGGCUGAAAACAAAAGAGGAAAUUAAGCCACAAGAAGAGUAUGUAAAUGCAUUUGGCUUUUCUCAGUGGCAUCUAAUAAUUAGUUCCACUUUUUUGCAUGGGAGUUUCCUUCACUAUUGAAGCCUUCAUAGAAAUCCAAUGAAAUUAGUUCUUUAAAGGAGUGAGAAAGAUGCUGUUCAAUGAAUGAUGUCAAAUGUCUUUGACUCUAAAUGGAACUUUUAGAGGCUGAUUUAUUCUGCCAAGUAGUAGAUGGGGCCUUUAUUGUGCUUCUUCAUGAUUGCGUUGCAACUGACGCAAUCCCAUGUUGUAAAAUAUACAUAAUCUAUUAUCAUGCAGUAUUCAGUCAGAAUACCUUAAUCUCCAGUUGCACUUCCAGUACAAAGUAAUAAGCCAAAGAAGACGAUCUCUCACAUUCUGAUUUCCAUAAAAGACACUCUGCCUGCAUUGGUAGAUCAAAGUAAUAAGAUAAUGUGUCUGCUUACUCACUGUUUAUCUUUGAUGUCCCAAGUGUCUUCCAUCCUUAGUCAAAUAUGUGUUCUCAGACCCUUGUCCAGGAAAGGAUUUGGUCACUGGAAAGGCACAUUAAAGGAAAAAAUAGCUAACACCCCGAAUAGAUUCAAGUUAAGCUCAGCCUGAAGAUUCAUUUGAGCAACAGAAAACUUUAAAUUAUUCAGAUUAAGCCCUAAAUAAGUGUUCUGUUGAAUCUAGAUAGUUGUUCCCACUUUUCAGCUAAAGACACAUUUUAGGAUCUGUUUUCAUCAGUGGUGAGGAGCCAUGUUAUUCAAUGUAGUACUCAAGUAAUCAGCUGUCAGUUCCUGGAGAUAAUUGAGUCUUCUAUAGGAGACUUUGAGUCUCCUUCAGGAGAGAUAAAGCAGGGUAUAAAUAAUAAUAUUUCUGAUGGUAAACAUAUAAGAAACAAGUGUAGACAGCUGCCACAAAUAAUAGCAUUUGUUCCUGGGCACACAAGGGGUGGGAUGCUGGUCUCCUGCAUCAGAUAACUGAGAAGCACUUGUGUAGUAGCUUCCAAGUCAAGGAGACUCUCAGAGUCUGAGAAUGGCAGCAUUUCACUCUUCAGGCAGAGAUGAUGAUAGCAAUGCAGGGGGCAGAUGCAGAGGGGGACAGUGGGGUUGUGCCAGAUAAGUGCUGAAAAGUUCCAGCCCAUAGAUUUAUCAGUUGUGACAUCCUAGUGAUCAUCUUUCCAUUUAUUUAAUCAUAAAACCCCUUUCUGGUUUUAUAGCCAUUACAGGAAAUACAAACUCGGCUUUAGUAAUGAUAGGCAAUGAUUGGGACAACUAUAUUGCCUACAGAUCUUAGUAAUAAUGAUAACCAUGUUUCAGCACAUAAAUGGCUGCUUCAUGCCACAGGAAAUGUUGUCUAAAACAACCAGAUGUACAAAUUUUGCAGAAUAAAUUUUGAACUAGAAAGAUUCCCCUCUGAUUUUUUUUUGCUAGUGUUUCUUGAUGCUUGCAAAACAUGUUUAUCAGCCAUUUUACAAACAUAUUUGAAUAUGCUUUUAUCUUUGGUGUGUGUGUGUCUCAUUGAUCUGUUUCCAUUUUUAGAAAUAACACUGCAUUGUUGUCAGCUGUCUCCGUUUCACAUAUGUCCCUUUGUUGAGUGAUGCUUAUUGUCAAGGCAUGGGGCAUCUACGCAUUAAUAAAUGACCCACAGGAUCUGCUUGAAAAAGUCCAUAUGGCAUUUGCCUUUCUAUGGUGACAUUGUUCCUCCAUGGAAUGAUUGAUCCUGAGUUGCACUUUGCUUUUCAACCCCAUUCUCUUCCCCAGGCAGAGUGAAUGGUGGCUUUUCCACCCGAUCGAUAGCACAGCUUAUCAAUAUUAAUAGUAGAGUGCCUCCAAUUAUUGCCUAGGUGUUGUUAACUUAUGCUUUUAAAAGGCAAACAAACCCAACGUCUUUACAAUUUAGCAAAACAUCACAAUUUGCCAUGUGGGAUUCUAUGUAGCCUUAUUAAAAGCUAUCAUAUCACAGGGCUCAUUGUGUGUAACCAUUCUUGAUGCUGGAUUGUUGUAUAUUUUCCGGGCUGUAUGGCCAUGUUCUAGAAGUAUUCUCUCCUGACAUUUCGCCCACAUCUAUGGCAGGCAUCCUCAGAGGUUGUGAGGUAUGAAGAAACUAAGCAAGGAAGCUUCAUAUAUAUCUGUGGAAAGUCCUGGGUGAGAGAAGAACUCUUCGUCAGUUGGAGGCCAGUGUGAAUGACAAAGAGUUCUCUCACCCAGGACUUUCCACAGAUAUAUAUAAACCUUCCUUGCUUAGUUUCUCCAUACCUCACAACCUCUGAGGAUGCCUGCCGUAGAUGUGGGCGAAAUGUCAGGAGAGAAUACUUCUAGAACAUGGCCAUAAAGCCCGGAAAACUCACAGCAACCCUGUGAUCCCAGCCAUGAAAGCCUUCGACAACACAUUCUUGACGCUAUUUCAAUUUUAUCAGGUUGCAAACCAUUUUCAGCUCUUAUUGCUGCAUGCAUUGUAUUUGCUUAAACCAAUGUUCAAAUUCCUAUAAAUUUUUUGGAAUUUCCCUCCAAAAAACUCAGGAAGUGUAAGGUUAUAAAGGAAAAGGAGCAUUUUUCAUGUUUUGUAGUAACCAUUGUAUAACUGAUAAAUGUAUGCCUUCCUUUUGUACUGUUUACCUACUUGUCUUCAGGUUGGAAAUUUAGUCUUUCCUCAUUGGGUUCUCCAUGCUUUAAACUGGUAAUUACUUUGUUAACAUUGUACAAAGCUACAGUCUGAAAGACAAGGCUGUCGUUUCCUGUUGGAACAGACAUUAAUUUAGAAUGUUCAAACACCAGUAUUCUGGAGGGCGGUGAAGUAACCACCAAAUGCUUUACGUAUUUUAUCUGGAAAAAAAAUCCUACCUUUAAGAAAAAUGAAUAAGCAUAAUAAAUUAUUUUACUUCUGGUUUAA